AUGGUCGUGGUGAAGUUUCUUAAAAGGCUAUUCUCUAUGUUUGGGGUCCCAAAGGCAUUAAUAAGUGAUAGGGGAACCCACUUUGCAAAUAAUCAACUAAUUUUGGAAAGAUCAGUGGGUAGCAAUAGGAAAUAUUGGGCGGAUAAAUUGGAUGAUGCACUUUGGGCAUUCCAGAUUGCAUUCAAGACACCCAUUGGAACCACACCCUAUAGGCUAGUCCAUGGUAAAAACUGUCAUCUACCGGUGGAGCUUGAACAUAAAGCUUAUUUCGCUUUGAAAACAUGUAAUUUUGAGCUAAGUGAGUUGCGUGCCAAUCGAAUUUUGCAAAUGAAUGCUUUGGAAGAAUUGAGGAACGAGUCUUACACCAACUCGUUGAUUUAUAAGGACAAGACAAUAAGGUGGCAUGAUGCAAGGUUGAAUGGUAACAAGGAAUUUGAAGCUAACCAGAAAGUUCUUUUGUACAAUUCAAGACUAAAGCUCUUUCUGGGAAAACUAUGCACUCUUUGGUCCAGGCCUUUUACAAUCAAACAUGUUUAUCCAUACGGGGUGAUUGAGUUAUGGAGCAAGGAUGGGUCGAGCUUUAAAGUAAAUGGGCAUAGAGUUAAGAAAUAUGAAGAGGGAGUGCCAAAUGAAGAAAUACUAGAAGAACGGUUGGACUUGGAGAAAGUCGCUGCAACGUAG